UUAUUUGAAAACAAAUGGACUUUACAGAGGAAAAUACGAAGAUACUUGGAGUUGGCUUCUCUAGUGCCCACAUUUAAAGGCCACUUACCAUUGAUCGGACAUUUGCAUAAAGUUAUUGGAGGAAGUGAACGAUUCUGGGAAGACGUUAAAGAAGCCAGCGAUGCCGCUGAGAAAUCUGGAGGCAUCACAACUCUGUGGGUUGGACCCAAAGCCAUAUUCUUUAUAAACGAUCCGGAUGAUGCGUUCACCGUGCUCAACUCGUGUUUAAGGAAAAGUUACUUUUAUAACGUAGUUUUCGGCUGGUUCGGCGAUGGCUUGCUCACUUCCGAUGUGCCAAAGUGGAAGCGUAACCGGAAGUUGCUGAAUCCUACGUUCAGUCAGCAUGUUCUGGACGGGUUCCUGGAUGUCUUCAACCGGCAGGCGGCGCUGCUGGCGCAGACCAUGGAGCCGAAGGUUGGGACCGGCGAGUUUGAUCCUACGGAGCUUUUCCUCGAGGCCACUCUUGAGGCCGUUUGUCAAACCGCUGUCGGUAUUUCUCUGGACGACCAAUCAGUCAUCGACAGUGAAUACAAGAAAGCCAUUGCAGUCGCCUUCGAGGGUUCCGCUCAGCGGUUAGGAAAGUUCUGGCUCCACCCUGACUUCCUCUAUCACUUUUCUGGACUUCGGAAACACAUUGACGAAGCGGUGGCUGUCAUUCGCAAUAUGUCCCAAACCGUGUUUAACAAAAGACGAGCUGAAAGACAACAAACUAAGCUUGCCACAACGUCAUCACGUCGCUUCUUGGCGUUCCUUGACCUUCUUCUGGACCUGGGGGAUGAGGGAUCGUUCGCGGACGAGCAGAUCUUGCGGGAGCUGGACGUCUUCAUCGCAGCCGGUUUAGAAACCUCGGCACGGGCGCUCGUCUCCAUUAUGGUGUAUCUAGGGACAUAUACGGAUGUACAAGAGAAAAUAUAUCAGGAGAUAACCUCCGUUCUGGGCCCAAGUUCGUAUUUAGGCAAAGAAGAUAUGCCAAGACUCGUGUACACGGAGGCCGUAAUAAAGGAAGCGCUUCGCCUCAGCCCGGUUAUACCAGUCAUUGGACGGGAAGUGGACAAAGACAUCAAACUUAAGAAUUAUACGCUACCAGCAGGCAGCGAUUGCGCGGUGGUGUUCUGGGGUAUCCACCGGCUGCCGAUCUGGGGCCCGGACCGUCUGCAGUUCAGGCCCGAGCGGUGGCUGGACCCCUCCAGGGUUCCAAAUAGCCCCGGCGCAUUCUGCGGCUUUAGUCUGGGAAGGAGGAACUGCAUAGGGAAACCUUAUGCAUAUAUGGUUGUGAAGACAAUGCUGGUGCACUUGGUGCGUAAGUACCGAGUCUCGGCUGACUACAGCAAAGUGAAACUGAAGUUUGAUCUGGUACUCAAGUACGUGGAGGGACAACAUAUCUCUUUACAAAUGAGGGAAGCCAAGCUCAGUUAUAAUAAUGUCGUCCAUAACGCUACUUGUGAUUCUCCUUACGUGCUGUCUAUUAUCUUUGUUCUACAAUUCUGGGAGAAUGGUAAGGAAGUCAGCGAGGCCGCUGAAAAAGCCGGAGGCGUCAUAACUCUGUGGGCUGGCCCCAGGGUCAUAUUCGCAAACGCAAGAGUUAAAAGCGAUAAAAAAGCUUGUAGACGGUCUUUCCUUAUAGACAGCCUUCUCCACAUUGAUCUUAAACCUGUUGAAAGUAUCAUUUUAAUUAAAAGCGCUUUUAUUUCAGCUAUUAACGACCCAGACGACGCAUUCACCGUGCUAAAUUCGUGUUUGGAAAAAAGUUACUUCUACAGGUUGGGGUCCAGCUGGGUUGGCUACGGAUUGCUUACUUCUAAUGUGCCGACGUGGAAACGUCACCGAAAGCUGUUGAACCCGACCUUCAGCCAGCAUGUGCUGGAUGGCUUCCUGGACGUCUUCAACCGGCAGGCGGCGUUGCUAGUGCGGGAUAUGGAACCGAAGGUCGGGAAAGGAGAGUUCAUUCCUACGAAUUAUAUUACGGAGAGGACCCUCGAGGCUGUUUGUCGUAAGUGUCCAUCCUCCUUGAUACUCCAUCUAGGGGGUCAUGACCUAUUAGGGCAUCAGUUUCUUCGGUGCUAUGUUCCACCAUCUGCUCCGGUUAUCAACAUCAUGAAUCGCUUGGGUAACUUUAAUGUUGAGUGUGGUACGGAACCUUUUGGAAAAACCGUGAUCGGCAUCUCCCUGGACGACCGCUCAAUCAUCAACAAAGAAUACAAGAGAGCGAUUGAAGACGGCUUAUACGUCAUCGCUGAGCGGUUGGCCAGCUUUUGGCUCCAUUCCGAAAUCUGCUACCGGUUCUCUGGACUUCGUAAAAUCAUGGACAAAGCUAUGCUUCGCGUCCAUAACAUGUCCAAAACGAUGCUAAACAAGCGAAGAUCUGAAAGACUGGAAGCUAGGCAUGCCAAUACAACAUCAAGCCGAUUCAUCGCGUUCUUGGACCUUCUGCUGGAUCUGGCAGAAGACGGGUCGUUCACCGACGAGCAGAUCCAAGAGGAGCUGGACACGCUCAUCGCAGCAGGAUAUGACACCUCGUCACGAGCGCUCUUGUCCACUCUGGUGCUCGUGGGUACAUAUCAGGAGGUGCAAGAAAAAAUGUACCAGGAGAUAAUGUCAGUCCUUGGCUCCAGUGUAGAUUUGGGCAAAGAAGACAUGCCAAGACUAGUGUACACGGAGGCGGUCAUCAAGGAGGUGCUCCGACUUAGCCCGGUGGCUCCUUUUAUCGCCCGAGAGGUCGAGAAGGAAGUUAAACUAAAAAAUUACACCAUCCCAGCUGGCAGCGAAUGCGGCGUAACGUUCUGGGGUAUCCACCGGCUGCCUAUCUGGGGUCCAGAUCGCCUUGAAUUCAGGCCAGAGCGAUGGUUGGACCCCUCAACCCUGCCUCAGAGUCCUGGCGCCUUCUGCGGAUUUAGCCUUGGGAGGAGGAACUGCAUAGGAAAGACCUACGCAAUGAUGUCAAUGAAGACGACAUUGGUGCACCUGAUACGAAAAUAUCGGGUUACGGCUAACUACAGCAAAGUGAAGCUCAAGUUCGCCGUGCUGCUCGAAUACGCGGCGGGGCACGAGAUAUCUUUGGAAUUGAGAGAGUAGUCAGAAAGGGACAUCACCAUCGUCUUCUGUCGUUCUCGUAUUAUUUGUGGGGGUCGCUAUUUAAAAUUCAAACGUGCACUAAAAUAUAAUUUACAUUUAUAAGUACAGCAGCCGAUAUCGUUUAUCUAUGAUGUAAUUUUUAAAUAUUUCUUUCGAUUACAUUGUGUUGUUUACAAUGACAGGUUUAGACAGAAGUAUAAAUGAAAUAAAGUUUUUUUAUUGAA